UAUUGCUGAGGCCUCAUCCUUCCAAUGGCGACUGAAAACAGGCUGAUUAGAAAGCGGGAGCAACCGUGGAGGGGGUCAGAGCAGUGUAACCGAAAUUAAAUAAAUAUAUCAUACUCUCACUAGUCAUAAAGUUAGUUUACAAUUGUACACCAACCAAAUCACGGCUGAUUCAAUGGCCAAAAGUCGGAAUAUUUCGCUCCUUGAAUCGGAGCUAUAUUACCUAAUUUCACGUUUUCUGACAACGGGUCCAUGUCGGAGAGCGGCUGAGGUUCUAGCGAGCGAACUAGAAGAAUAUCAGCUUUUACCCUGCAGAUUAGACUGGCAAGGACAUGAACAUCCAAGAUCUUACGAAGAUUUGGUUGCAUCCAACAGACACAUUGCACCUGACCAUUUGCUGCAGAUCUGUAAGCAGAUUGGGCCGAUUCUGGACAAAGAGGUGCCAUCAUGUGUUCCAGGCAUACAUUCCCUACUGGGAACCGGGAGGCAGUCCUUACUCAGAACAUCAAAAGAUUACGACAAUGUUCGGAGGAAAGGCUCAUCAUUUGCUACCCUGCACAGAGGGAGACCACCAGAGAUGCAUUUGACCUGCAGAGAUCCUCCAAAUCUAGUGGAGGUGUACAGAGGAAGGGAGCUAACCGGUACUCAACGGUUCAGCGCUGUGAACCCUGUGAGCAACUAUCAGCACAUGCGGAUGCACAGGAGGAUUCUGGGUCAUCUGUCUGCAGUCUACUGCAUCGCUUUUGAUCGAACCGGUCUCAGGAUUUUCACUGGCUCUGAUGACUGCUUGGUGAAAAUAUGGUCUUCGUUUGACGGGAGGCUGCACUCCACCCUGAGAGGACAUUCUGCUGAGAUCUCAGACCUGGCUGUCAGCUUCGAGAAUACCUUGAUGGCAGCUGGCAGCUGUGACAAAACCAUCCGAGUGUGGUGCCUUCGUACCUGUGCCCCUAUGGCUGUCCUACAGGGGCACAGUGGGUCCAUUACCUCCCUACAGUUCUCACCAUUUGCCAAGGGCUCAAAGAGAUACCUGGUGUCCACUGGAACUGAUGCAACAAUCUGCUUUUGGCAGUGGGAUGUCAAUAACAUACAUUUCAGUGAUCGCCCGCAGAAGUUUACAGAGCGACCCAGGCCGGGAGUUCAGAUGGUGUGCUCAUCAUUCAGUCCAGGUGGCAUGUUCUUAGCGACGGGAAGUACUGAUGAUGUCAUCAGAAUAUAUUACCUGGGAGUUGGGAACCCUGAAAAAAUAUCAGAGCUUCAUGAACACACGGACAAGGUCGACAGCAUCCAAUUUUGCCACUCAGGAGAAAGGUUUGUGAGUGGCAGUCGAGAUGGCACAUCACGCAUCUGGAGGCUGACUCAGCGUCAGCAGUGGAGGAGCCUUCUUCUCAACAUGAAUGCCACUCUACCAGGCUCGGAACACACAACCAAUGAGGAAAGCUUUUUCAAGCCCAAGGUCACCAUGGUAGCGUGGGAUCGCCAUGACAACUCAGUAAUCACAGCCGUCAACAACCAUAUCCUAAAAGUGUGGAACUCCUACACGGGCCAGCUGCUACAUAUCCUUAAAGGCCAUGAGGCUGAGGUGUUUGUCCUGGAGCCUCACCCCUCCGAUCCCAGGAUCAUGCUGUCUGCUGGCCACGACGGAAACGUCUUCAUCUGGGACAUCGUCCGGGGCACAAAGACACAGCACUACUUCAACAUGAUUGAGGGCCAGGGUCAUGGUGCUGUUUUUGACUGCAAGUUCACUCCCGAUGGCCAGCGCUUUGCCUGCACAGACUCCCACGGCCAUCUGGUCAUAUUCGGCUUUGGGAGCUCCAAGCCAUAUGAGAAGCUUCCAGAUCAGGUGUUUUUCCACACCGACUAUCGGCCACUGAUCCGUGACGCCAACGGCUUUGUGUUGGACGAGCAGACCCAGCAGGCACCCCACCUCAUGCCUCCUCCCUUCCUGGUGGAUGUGGAUGGGAACCCCCACCCACCCAGAUACCAGCGACUGGUCCCUGGGAGGGAGAACAUUGCAGACGAACACCUGGUGCCUCAGCUGGGAUAUGUCGCCACAAGUGAUGGCGAGGUGAUGGAGCAGGUCAUCAGUCAGUUGACCACGGACCACGAGGAGGCAACGGCCAGACGCAGCGUUCUGGAUGACGCCAUCAGGCAGCUGCAGGAGCAGCAGGACAGGCAGAGCAGACCAGGGACACAGGCCCCAGCAGAGGCCCCUGCAUUCCCAGCCCCCAGCACCCCACGUAGAGCAUCAGUGAAUGAGCGAGGUGCAGCUGAGGUGCAGUCGUCCCCUAACGUAGGUCUGCGGCGCAGUGGGCAGGUGGAAGGGGUGAGACAGAUGCACCAGAAUGCCCCUCGCAGCCAGAUGGCCACGGAGCGGGACCUGCAGGCCUGGAGACACAGAGUGGUGGUACCCGAGCUCUCAUCCAGCGGGUACAGUUGCCAGGAUGACUUCCGAAUUACAAAAGGAGAGGAGGAGAUUGCCAUAUACAAUGCAAAGAAACGACGUGUGACAUACGGCAGUUGUAGAGAUGAUUCUGAAGAUGAGGUGCCUUGCAUCAAACGAGCACAGUCCCGCAAAAAGCAAAAAGUCUUCCAGCAGAGCAGAGAUGGGAUUGUGGAAGAAUUCAUUGAGUUCUCCUGUGAGGAGGGAGAAGAGACUGCAACAUCUGAGGACCAUGAGAUGGACAGCAGUGGACUGGAUUCAUCCAAUGAGGAAGAGGAAUGGAAAAGUGACAGUUCAAGCCACUCGUCCAGUGAAUACUCUGACUGGACAGCAGACGCUGGGAUUAACCUGCAGCCCUCCACUCCCGUGUCAUCACGGAAACGAGUUCGGCGCCAGCUUAGCAGCUCGGAGGAAGAUAACGAGGAGGAAGAGGAGAAGCAGCAAAGUGACGAGGAAGAACGACCUCCUCAGACUAGCAAGCAGAAAUCCAAGAAGCCCAAAAGCAAGAUGCCCAAGUGGCCUAAAGCCAGGCCGUCGAUGAACAGAGAAGUGUCCAACGAGUUCAGACCCUCAACGUGGAUCACUGAUGUCGUUCCCAGGAAGUCUCCCUUCGUUCCCCAGAUGGGUGAUGAGGUAAUCUAUUUCCGCCAGGGUCACGAGGCUUAUGUGGAGGCAGUGAACAGGAACAGCCUGUACCCCAUUAAUAUGGAGAAACAGCCCUGGAGGAAGAUGGAGCUGAGGGACCAAGAGUUUGUUAAAAUAACUGGGAUCAAGUAUGAAGUAUGCCCUCCGACACUGUGCCGCCUGAAACUGACGCUCAUUGACCAUGGCACGGGAAAAAUCACAGACAAAUCAUUUUAUGUCAAGUACCAUGACAUGCCGGAUGUGAUUGACUUCCUCGUGCUUCGGCAGAGUUAUGACGAAGCACGCAGUAGAGUCUGGCAGCCAAAUGACAGAUUCCGGUCUGUAAUAGAUGAUGCCUGGUGGUUUGGGAUCAUUGUUUGUCAGGAGCCAUACCAGCUUGAAUAUCCGGACAGUCAUUUCCAGUGCUUCAAAGUCAGAUGGGACAAUGGCGAAAUGGAGAAGCUAAGUCCUUGGGAUGUGGAAGCUAUUCCAGAGGAUGCCCAGCAACCUGAGUGUGUAGGUGGAGGGGUUCCAGUGACAGCAGAGGAGAUGAGAGAGGUCAUGUAUAAACCCCAGACAGGAGAAUGGGGUGAGAGGAGCAGAGACAACGAGUGUGUAGGUGGAGGGGUUCCAGUGACAGCAGAGGAGAUGAGAGAGGUCAUGUAUAAACCCCAGACAGGAGAAUGCGGUGAGAGGAGCAGAGACAACGAGUGUGAAGGUGGAGGGGUUCCAGUGACAGCAGAGGAGAUGAGAGAGGUCAUGUAUAAACCCCAGACAGGAGAAUGGGGUGAGAGGAGCAGAGAUGACGAGUGUGGACGCAUCAUAGCAGGCAUUGAGCAACUCAUCACCGUCGAUAUUGUAGCCCCAUUUUCUGGCCCGGUGGACAUAGUUCAGUACCCAACCUACUGCACGGUGAUAGCCUUCCCUACAGACCUGAGCACCAUCAGACUGAGACUUAUAAAUAGGUUCUACAGGCGACUGUCCUCUUUAGUUUGGGAUGCCAGAUACAUUGUGCACAACGCCCGGACCUUCAAUGAGCCAAGGAGCAAGAUAGCCCAUUCAGCAAAACUUAUCACAGAUGUCCUGCUAAAAUUUAUCAAUCGACCUAGCUGUACAGAUAUUAUGGAGAUCUACAGUGCUAUUGAAGACAUGGACUAUACGGAUGACGAGGACCUGGAAGAGGCACCAGGCCCCUCUUCUGGACACAGACUGCGCCAGCGCUCUGUGGAGACUGUACCUGACCAGGACUCCUGGAAGGGGCAGUGCAAGCGCCUGAUGAACUAUGUCUUUGAGUGUGAGGACUCCGAGCCCUUCAGAAAGCCUGUGGAUCCUACCUCUUACCCAGACUACCUUUGCAUCAUUGACACUCCCAUGGACUUUGGGACUGUGAAGGGGACCCUUGAGGAGGACCGCUAUGAAAACCCCAUGGAGCUCUGCAAAGACAUACGUCUGAUAUUUGCCAACGCUAAAGCCUUCACGCCAAACAAACGCUCAAAGAUCUACAGUAUGACUUUGCGGCUCUCUGCAUUCUUUGAAGAGAGAAUCAGAACAAUCAUAUCGCAAUACAAAACUGCCGUCAAGAGCAGCGAGAAGCUCCGCCGCAGCCAGAGGUUCCGGAAGAAGCUUCAGCACCACGAGUCUACUGUACCCAGCACUAACACCACAAGCAAAAAGAAGGCUGCUCUAAAAACUCAGGAAAAAGUGGAAGUGGCGUCAACGACUAAAUCUACCUCAGCCAAAGUGUCUGCUACCGAGAGAAUCAGGAGAAGGAACCAAAGCAGUGACAGCUCAGGCCACAGCUCUUCUGAAGCCUCCUCAGGGUCAGACUCUGAGAUUGAGAGUGAGUUAUCUAUGAGUGACUCUGAAGAGGAGAAACGCCCGGGGUCCUCACGGCACCAUCACAGCAGAGAGACCAGGGGAACCAGAAGAGUCACCAGGAACAAGGGGGCAAAGAAGAAAAAAAUUGCCGAGAGCGAGGAAGAGUCCUCCAAUGAGGGGGAGGAGAGUGAGGACGGUAGGAAUUUGUCAAACUCUUUGUCUCGUCAAUUCCCAAUUGGGACCAGCUGCAGGAGCACCAGGCUGACCAGGAACAAUGCUGUUGCCCAUAGGAAACGCACCAAACAGCCAGAGAGGGGUGCCCAGGUGAAUGGUCACAGCAGAAGAUCUGGGCGAGAGAGACGGCUAAGCAGCGAAUCUGAGAGAUCACCAUCCCAGGGUACAGACACUUACAGGGAUGAGAAUGUGGGCCGCAGGACAAUGAAAAGGAAGACUGCCAGAGCGGCCGUCAACAAGAUGAAGCUUCUGGAAGCCUCUGAGGAAAACUAUGGUUCAGCCUCUGAGGAAGAGGAUAAACAAAGGAGGAAAAGCAGCCGCCAUGCGACCCGAGUCAGCAAACACACUACCGUGAUCCAGAGCAGCUCUGAAUCCGAGGAGCAGUCAUCAGCACAGAGUUCUAAAAAAUACAAGGAUUCAUUGGGUGAUUGGGAGAACAAUGAGGACAGUAUUGAGAGUGAAGCUUCAUCCUCUCGUUGUCAUCAGAAUGGAGAGAGUAAGAACUCCAGCAGCCGCAGAACGACCAGACAAGCUGCAGAGACGGGUGGUAAGGAUUUGUCUCAUGUAAAUGGGCACAGCACAAAACAUGACAGUACUUCUGAGGAGAGCUCUGAUGGUGAAGAAGAGGAAGAAACUGUUGAGUCUCAGAAGUCCUCCAGAAACUUGACAACCGCUGCAGUGAGUAAAAUUAGAACUUGCAUUACCAGUUAUAUGGCGGAAGAGAAGUCUGGCUCCAGAAAGAGACGGCACAAACCUCUGGCAAGCUCUGACGAGGAAUACCGAGAACACUAUACUCAAAAGCACCCUCACCAAAAUGGGAGGAAGGUGGAGAAAGAACAUGCUGAAGGCUCUGAGAAAAAUAGUAAAUUGCAUUCAAAAAGCCAAGAACAAAAAUCUGCCUCAACCCACAAACAGGAUGUCCCCGAAUCAGAGGAACUCAGUGACACUCCAAAGAGAUCAAGCUCUCACAAAAAAAGAGUGAGGUCUGAGGAGGAGGAGGAAGAAGACUGCAACCACUCAGAUAAUGAAUCUAAGGGAGAAUCCAAUAAACGUCAGUUGCGAAACAACAACAAACCCAAAAUACAGAGUCACAAUGACUCUGUUUCAGAGAGCGAGGAGGAAGUUAUACCCAACAGGAGAGCAAGGAGAAAACAACUGCGUGCUUCCUCAGAGGAAGAAUCUGAUGGGAAGGAGAAGCAUAGCCCUAGCAGGCGGCCUUGCCUUCGAGCCCAACCAAAAAAGAAAUGCAUCAAUGAAGACUCUGAGGAGGACUUGAACUCAGAGAUGCAAGGCAGUUGUAAGAAUGGGAAUAGCAAUGCUGUUUCAGAUAAAGGACAUCAACACAACCGAAAAGCUUCCCCAGCUACUACAAAACAGUCUUCUUCCAAGAGAAAAUGCAUUUACACCUCAGACUCCUCAGACAACCCUUAUGAAAAGAAACGGUGCAUGCCCAUGGCUAAGAGCUACUGCGAAGAUGAGGGUGAGAGGGAAACAAAAAGAUCCAACUACAAGUAUCCCAAGAAGGAAUCUAGACCCAAGUCUGAACCUGAGGACUGUAGUAGUCAGGAAGACACCUCUUCCCACCAAGGGUCAGAGGAGGAGGUUGAGUGUCCAAGGGGGAAGAGACGUUUGGAGCAACACAAAGGCAAGCGAAAGGAACGCUGCAGCAGCAGUGCCCACAGUUCUGCCUCUGAAAGCGAGGAGGACGAAGAGUCCUCUGCCAGCUCAGGGACCCAGAGCAGUCCAAAGAGAAAAAAACAAAACAGGAAGGUCAGCGACAAGGGUGCCGCCCGACAACACCGGAGGGACCCCUCUGAGGCAGACAGUGACCAGUCAUAUGCAGAAUUCCAGAGAGGAGAGUGUGGAACGCGUAUCAAGACCCGAAACCGUGGCAAACGAACGGUGACAUAUCACGAUAGCGAAUGAAGGCAUAGCCAGAGAGACUAACUGGAGACCUUGAAGACACUUGAUCGCCACAUUAAAGGUAGUAGCACUGGAGCUUUUUCAAGAGGAAAUGCUGUGAAUCUGUUUCAUUCAGGGAUAUUUAUAUUUUCUAUGAAAAAAAGAGUAGUUUUAUAAAAUAUAGCGCAAACCACCUCCCAUUCUGCUUUUGUGAUUUGGCCAGCUAAAUAACUGUUCGGGGGAGCAUUGUCAGCUUGGGUGCUAUCUUAAUAUACCUCUGUUUAAUCAAGCAUAUUUUGCUGGCUUGCACUAAGAAACACACUGUAAAGAGGUAUUUCAUACACUAGUUUCACAUUAGGAACUCAGGGGUCAACUAAGUUUACUGUAGUCUCAGCCAUUCAGUCUUGGGAGCUAGAGUAGGUAGGGACAAUAAACAUUUCCAGGAUGGCGGUUUCAGUCCAAGCACACUUACUGAGACAACUAAUCCACUUCACCCUCCUUUUGACUUCAAGUCCUUUGUAAAUCCACAUGAAUGAUCCUUUACUGUAUUGUGAGGUGACUUGUUUGUGAGCCAAAAUGUACAAAUUUGAAUUCCUAGUCGUCGUCGUCCCCACCCCACUGUUUUUAUUUGUUUUUUUGUGUGUGUGUGGGGGGGGGGUGUGGUGUGAAUUCUAGUCAUGGAAUGAGGUGUAAAUAUAUGGGAUUGACAAUGGCAUCUUUUGAAAGGUUUAUGAGGAUCACUCUGUAGCAAAUGAUUGCUUGUUUAAAUUUGAGCAUUAAUUUCAUUGUCUUGCCACAUGUCACAAAUUGGUACCCUUUUGCCAAGUACAGGAAACCAAAAAGUACUUAUUGCAAAAUACUGUGAUUUCUCAUAUUGGGAAGACAUUCUUUUGUUAUGUACUCUCAGUAUUACAUUUAUUUUCGGAGAGAACUUAACUGCAUUGAACUUUUUACCAGUCACAAUUUAGUUAUGUGUUGCGGCGGUCUUGAACUGUAAUUGCAUUGACAUGUUUGCUAAAUAUUUUUCAUACACUUUGAUACAAACAGAUUUCAUAGAAAAAUGUUACUGGUACCCGUAUGGUUGUGGAGUACAAGAGGGCUGUUUUUUUUUCUUCUGUUUUUUUUUCUCAGUAAUAAAGACAUAAAUUCAAGGCUCA